AUGGGGUCUAUUUCGUUUCGUUCUCCGUCGAUUCAACGAGCUCGAGAUGCUCCUUAUUUCACUCCCGCCAACAAUGCCGGAGCAGCUGUGAACCCAGAAGAUCCGAGCACACCAACAUUGUUUCGUCCGUUGCAAAUCCGAGGUGUGACACUCAAAAAUCGGGUUAUAGUGGCGCCAAUGUGCACAUACUCCGCCGAGUCGGAUCCUGAGUCACCUGCGGUUGGUGCGCUUACGGACUUUCACAUCGCACACCUCGGACAUUUGGCCGCGAAGGGCGCCGGUCUGAUCCUCAUCGAAGCUACAUCAGUCCAGCCCAACGGACGGAUUUCACCCAAUGAUUCCGGCCUUUGGCAGGAGGGCACAGACUCCGCACAAUUCAAAGGGCUCCGCCGCGUGGUCGAUUUUGCCCAUAGUCAAGGCGCCAAAAUCGGCAUUCAACUCGCUCACGCCGGCCGCAAGGCUAGCACGGUAUCACCCUGGCUCGCAUAUCUAGCAAAGCAACGUGGUAUCAAAGCAGAUGAGAGCGUUGGUGGAUGGCCAUCAAAUGUGGUAGGCCCCUCGGGGGGUGAGGAGCAAAUUUGGGCGCCUGGUGACCAAUUCUGGCCCCCUCGUGAGCUCAAAACUGCCGAGGUCGAAGAGUUGGUACAGGACUUUGCACGAAGUGCAGAUCUAGCAGCAAAGGCUGGAGUGGAUGUGAUUGAGAUUCACGGUGCUCAUGGAUACCUUAUCCACCAGUUCUUGAGCCCGGUCACCAAUCGACGAACCGACAAAUAUGGUGGCAGUUUUGAGAACCGAACGCGACUUCUAUGCGAAGUUGCUACUGCAAUUCGCGCUGUGAUUCCAAAGGAAAUGCCGUUGUUCUUGCGCAUCAGUGCUACGGAUUGGCUCGAGAAUCAGACGGCUGCAGAACAGACUGGAAGUUGGGAUAUGCCAUCUUCGAUCCAACUCGCGAAGAUGCUCCCUGAUCUGGGGGUGGACUUCCUGGAUGUCAGCUCGGGUGGAAAUCACCAAAAUCAACGGAUCGAACCUCAUACCAACUAUCAAAUCGACCUUGCUGGCGAGAUUCGCCGAGAAAUCCACGCCGCGAACCAGAAUACUCUAGUUGGAGCCGUUGGCUUCAUUACCGAGGCUGAGUCUGCUCGCGAUAUCGUUCAAGGCGCAGAAGAGGCACAGGCCACGGAAGCGAUGCUGGCUGGACAAGAGCCUAAGGCUGACGCGGUGCUGAUGGCUCGUCAGUUCCUACGUGAGCCCGAAUGGGUGCUCACCGCGGCGAAAAAGCUUGGUGUGCAGAUUUCCGUCCCAUGCCAGUUUGCCCGAGGUCUGCUGUAA